AUGACGUCAUGCGCUGACGGCCCCGCCCCUUCGCGCCUCCGGGUCGGCGGGCGCUCGGUGGAGACGCCAAGAUGGCGGCGAGUAACUAUUAUGGCUUUGCGCAAGGCGUCGGCUCGCAGUACAGGUAACGGCCCCGCGCCGCUCGCGCCGUCCGACCCCAACCCCGGCCCCGGGGAGGUCACGGCCCCGAGUUGUUUCUGUCGGGGAGAGCCGGAGGGGCUCCUGACGUGGGAACGGGCUCUCGGCUUGUCGCGGGGAUGGGCCCGAGGGGGGAUUGUACCUCAGCGGGUGCCGAGGUCUGACCACGAAAGGGGCUGCCCUGGGAGGACGCAGCACCUGAGGUGGGGGAGAGAAGACCGGCGUGGGACGCCUGCUCCUGGACUGGGCCCGGCCCUGAUCCCAUUUCCCGAGGCCGCCCAGCCCCCUGGGCCAGGAUACAGUGGGUACCAGCCCCACUCCGGUCAGGACCUCGGUUAUAGCGCCCAACCCCAGGAGCCUAUGCCAGCUGCCACCACGGCACCCUCCUACCAGGACAGUUACAGCUACGGACUGUCGACAGCCACCAGUGGCUAUGAGAACAAACAGUACCCGCCAUCUGUGGCCGGCCAGCCUCAGCUCCCAGCCGCGGCCACGCUCUGCCCGCCAGGGACCCAAGGAGCCUACGGGGGCGGUGGGUACAGCCAGGCACAUCCCCUGCCACAGAUGCCCACUGCCGAGGCAGGGCCGCCAGCCAGCGUCGCCUGCUCCAGCUACACCUACGCCCCAGCAAGCAGCGCCCAGCCCAUGGCCUCCUCCGUCCCGACCCUGCCGGCCUCCUCAUCCUUCAUCGCAGCCUCCGCCCCGUACACGGGGCCAAGCUACCCGAGCUAUGACGCGUCCUCCUACUCCAUGGCCCGUCCUUACUACCCACCGUUACUCACUCCACAGAUGCAGCCGCCGCCGCCACCACCCCCACCCCAGCAGCCCCCCGCGCCCCCAAAGCCUGUGGAGUCAUCCCAGUGGGGUGGCCCAGGAUGCAGUCCCAGUGCCAGCUGUGCCAACAGCAUCGCCAAGAAGCUUCCAGUUCCCAGCAAGCUGCCAAGACCCCGGACCGGCCCCCAGCAGCUCCCGCUUCACUACUGUGACAUCUGCAAGAUCAGCUGUGCCGGCCCCCAGACGUACCGCGAGCACCUGGAAGGGCAGAAGCACAAGAAGAAAGAGGCAGCUCAGAAGAUGGGCGUCCAGCCCAACGGCAGCCCGCGGGGGGUGCAGGCACAGCUGCACUGCGACCUCUGUGCCGUGUCCUGCACUGGGGCAGAGGCCUACGCCGCCCACAUCCGGGGGGCCAAGCACCAGAAGGUCUUCAAGCUGCACACCAAACUGGGGAAGCCCAUCCCCACCAUAGACCCCGCACCGGCCACAGAGAGCGCCCCUACAGCCUCAGCCAAGCCCGUGGCCCCCGCCAGCCCCAGCGUGUGUGCCACGAGCAGGCCACCACCGCCCAGGAGACCGGCCACCUCGAAGGCCUCGCGUGUGGGGCCCCCUGCACUGCCAACAACUGACUGCAGACCCCUCCACGGGAAACCUGCACCCGCCAGAUCCGAGCGGCCUGGGGAGCCGUCCGCCCGAGGAGGCUCUGCAGAAGCUUCUGGAAGCAGCUGUGAGGGGCAGCCGGUGGGCCCAGGCUACGUGGAGGAGGUGUGCAACGAGGAGGGCCGGGUGAUCCGCUUCCACUGCAAGCUGUGUGAAUGCAGCUUCAACGACCCCAAUGCCAGGGACAUGCACGUGCGGGGACGGCGGCACCGGCUGCAGUACAAGAAAAAAGUGAACCCUGACCUCCCGAUCGCAGACAAGCCCAGCACACGGGUGCGCAAGCUCGUGGAGGAGACACUGCGGAGGCAGCGGCAGCUGACCAAGAGGCGGCUGGGGGAGCUGCGGCGCUGGCACAACGAGACGAGGCGCUACGACUUGUGCAGGAGGCGGCUGCAAGAGGGGCCGCCUGUCCCGGACUCACGCUCAGGACGCCCUCUGCCUGACCAGCACCUGCCUGCCCUCAGGAGUCGGCCAGGGGCGCCCGCAGCCAAGCCUCUGCCCACCAGGCGGCCGGAGUCCAGCGACGACCGGCAUGUCAUGUGUAAGCACGCGGCCAUCUACCCAACGGAGGAGGAGCUCCUGGCCGUCCAGAAGGCCGUCUCCCAUGCGGAGCGUGCCCUCAAGCUGGUGUCUGACACGCUGGCUGAGGAGGACUCUGCCAGCCCAGAGCCCGAGGGCGGGGACCACAGCCGCCCCAGCCCCUCGGCCCGGAUCCUGAAAGGCGUGAUGCGGGUCGGCCUCCUGGCGAAGGGGCUACUCCUGCGGGGAGAUCGGGCGGUGCAGCUGAUCCUGCUCUGCUCCCAGAAGCCCACCCGCGCCCUGCAGCGCAGAGUCGCCGAGCAGCUGCCCCUCCAGCUCCCGGUGGUCACAGACGACAAGUACGAGGUGUCUUCUGACCCGGACGCCAGCAUCGUCAUCUCCUCCUGUGAGGAGCCCCGGAUACAGGUCGCUGUGUCCAUCACCUCGCCCCUGAUGCGGGAGGACCCCUCCGCAGACCGAGAAGGAACCGAGGUGCCUCCGCCAGACCCAGGAGAUGUCCUGAGCCCAGAGAAGUGCCUCCAGGCACUGGCUGCUCUCCGCCACGCCAAGUGGUUCCAGGCGAGAGCCAGCGGCCUGCAGCCCUGUGUGAUCGUCAUCAGGGUCUUCCGGGACCUCUGCCAGCGCGUGCCCACCUGGGGGGCCCUGCCGGACUGGGCCAUGGAGCUGCUGGUGGAGAAGGCCCUGAGCAGCACCAAGGGGCCCCUGAGCCCCGGGGAUGCCGUGCGCCGAGUCCUGGAGUGUGUGGCCUCGGGGACGCUCCUCACAGAUGGGCCCGGGCUCCAGGAUCCCUGUGAGAGAGACCAGAUGGAUGCCCUCGGCUCCAUGACCCUCCAGGAACGAGAAGACAUUACAGCCAGCGCCCAGCACGCCCUGCGCAUGUUGGCGUUCCGGCAGAUCCACAAGAUCCUGGGCAUCGACCCGCUGCCGCCUCCCAGAAUCAGGCUGGGGGCACGCUUCCGGAAGAGGCCACAGGAGGCAGGCGAGCCGGAGGCCAAGGGGGGCAGCGACCAGAGGAAGCGGCCUCGCCUCCCCAAUGGGACCUGA